UUUAAAAAAGCCUGGGAGAAAAAAAAGGACAGAGUUUCAGAUAACAUAUCAAAGCUGAGGUGUUUAUUUAAGUGGUGUCAUGCCACUGGCAUUAAGAAACAACAAAUCCACACUGAACUGAAUUGAGGCAUGAAGACAGUUUUAUACCUGGAACUCUAAAAAGAAAUUAACUGAAACAGUUCAUGGUACAGUGUGAAACAGGUGCCAAUCUUCUGGGUUUUUUUUUCAGUUUCCUUUGCUUUAUUAGAAAAAAAUGAGUAAACAAGUGUCUUUAGCUGCCUGUAUUGCUAAAAUGUAUGACGGGGCUACACGGGAUAACACAGGGGACUCUGGAGCUGGGUCUGCUGUCAAAAAGCCCAAUAGCAGUCAAGUUAUAAGUAACUUGAACGUCAUGGACAAUAAACUUAAUGUCUUGGAUGCAAAGGUGGAGAAGAUAGUGAGUAGCCAAGGAGACGUCCUGAAGAAACUAGAUAUGGUUUAUCAGGGAAUUGGAAACCUGGAAAAGGACAUGGCAAAACUGCAGCUGAUGAAGGAGCCUACUGUUACCGCCGAGAGUUUUCAAAAGUGCGACUCCACUCUUUUCAGCGAGAUUAGAAGUCUGAACACCGAAACCGUGAAACUGUUGAAAUGUCUUCAACAGGACGGCAAAAAGCAAAGGGAGAAAAUUGAUGGGAUUGAACACUCUGUCUCCGCAAUCAACAAAGUCAUAAAAUUUGUUGGUGAGACCUUCAGAAGCUCAAAAAUAGUGGAAUAUAUUCUCAAAGGCACUGUUCCCUGGAGAAAAGGCAGUCUUCUUGAGAGUAACGAAGAGAAAAAGGACAAAUCAGAAGAAAGAAGUGCAAAACCUAGAGCUGCAUGUAGCAAUAGAGCUGUUCAAGCUGAGAUCAGGAGAUCUUUUCAAGAUGACAAAGGAGUGGAGAAAAUCCCUAAGGUGGAAAAUGCAGAUGCAGUUUCUACUACUGAAGCUCAAGUCCACAACCCCGCGGAGACAAAAGCACACAGCGUCAUUGCCCUCCCCCAGGCCCCAAAUGAAAAACAGCACCCACAGUACGAUGAGAAUGCACAGAUUCUCCCUGCUGCGGACAAGCUUCCCAGCAGCGACUCUAAAACCAAAGUUUCCCACUUACCCGAGAAGGCGUCUAUCAGGAGCAGGGAACAUACUCAGACUCAGACUUUUACUGAAGAGACGCAUAACGUUGGAGUAAAUACAGAGGAACAGGGGACUAUUCAUCAGCCAGAAGAGGUUGAAAAUAUUAACAUCACUAUUGUAGCCUGCAAACCUGAGAGUGAUGUCACAGCAUGUACCGGACAAGAUCUCCACAAGGAAGCUGCAGAGACUCUGGAGAGAAUACCUGACACAACACAGAACAUUCCUGCGACUGGGCUACAAAGCAAAAAAUCUUCAUCUGAAGAAAAGCCUCCAACACUUCCAUCAAGAGCUGCUUUGGAACACAAGGAGAUGGAGCAACACAAAUCCUCAAAACCUGCUGUAUCAUUACCAAAAAAUGAUGACUCGUACUGUAAGAAAGAUCUUAAAAGUGCCUUAAUGUCACAUAUAACUGUUUCUCCAGUCAAACAGCAGCCUAAGCCAAAUGCCCAGCCGGUCUCCAAGGAUAAUGGACCACAAAUGGACAGCAACACUGCCACAGAAAAUAAAGCUGAACAGCUGCCUAGUCAUCCCCAAAGUGAGCCAUUCCAGCUGUUGUCUGCUGGAACAGCAGAGCCUGAGGCAGCUGAAGCCAAUGGGAACCAAGUCAAUAAGGAGCCCUCAGAGGCUAAUCCAUUAGCUGUUGCCCUUGAGAAUUCCCAGGAGGAGGAACUAAUUGUCAUUGAUGACAGUCCUCCUUUGCCUGCACCCUUUGAACAUCGCAUUGUGAGCACAAAGCAACUACCAGUUAGCUCUUAUUACACUGUCAGUUAUAAGGAAGUGCUGGGAGGGGGACGCUUUGGCCAGGUUGUCAAGUGUGCAGAACUCUCCUCUGGACUCACAUUAGCAGCAAAGAUAAUAAAAGUUAAAGGUGCAAAAGACAGGGAAGAAGUCAAGAAUGAAAUUGGUGUCAUGAACCAAUUAAACCACGUCAAUUUGAUCCAGCUCUAUGAUGCCUUUGAAUCCAAGAACAACCUUACAUUAAUUAUGGAGUAUGUGGAUGGUGGAGAAUUAUUUGACAGAAUUGUGGAUGACAAUUAUCACCUGACAGAACUGGAUGCCAUUGUGUUUACACGUCAGAUCUGUGAAGGUGUGCAGUAUCUCCACCAGCAGUACAUUCUCCAUUUAGACCUCAAGCCAGAGAAUAUCUUAUGUGUAAACAACACAGGAAAUCAGAUAAAAAUAAUUGACUUUGGGCUGGCGAGAAAGUACAAACCUCGUGAGAAGCUGAAAGUCAACUUCGGCACACCUGAGUUCUUAGCACCAGAAGUGGUGAAUUAUGAUUACGUGUCAUUCCCCACCGAUAUGUGGAGUGUCGGAGUCAUCACAUAUAUGCUGCUCAGUGGGUUGUCUCCUUUCCUGGGAGAUAAUGACACAGAGACGAUGAACAACAUCCUUCAUGGCAACUGGGACUUUGACGCUGAGGCCUUUGAAAAUGUCUCUUCUGAGGCAAAAGACUUCAUUUCAAGGCUGCUCGUCUUAGAGAGAAGUAGCCGUUUAAGUGCUUCUGGCUGCAUGAAACAUGAGUGGCUGAACAAUUUGGCAGACAAAGCCAAGAUACGAAGGGUUCGUCUGAAAUCCCAGCUGCGCUUGCAGAGAUACCUAGCGCAUCGACAGUGGAAGAAACAUUUCUAUGUAGUUGCUGCAGCAAACAGACUGAAGAAGUUUCGCCAGGGCCGAUCUGUGAACCCAGCAUUGGCGCUGAAUCCUACAAGGACAAAACUAGAAUGAGUCUGCAAACUCACUUUGA